CCCUCUCCCCGUCGGUCGCCCGCCCGCCCGCCCGCCAGCCACCCCAUCGCAAUACUUUUUCGCCACCAUCUUUGAACCUUCCUCCUCCCCCGCUCUGACCAGCGCGGCGAGGGCGAGGCGCUCCGCCGUCCCAUCCUUAUAAAUCGAGCCGGAGGCGGGCUGUCUCCCUCCGUCUCCUCCCUACCAGACCGCAGCAGCACGCAGCCGACGAGGGACCCGAGCCGUGCCGGCGAAGUGGAAGGGGGAGGUUUGGUUGGUUCGAUGGCGAAGCUGUACGUGCAGGCGGUGCCGCCCCCGGAUCUGAACAGGAACACCGAGUGGUUCAUGUACCCCGGGGUCUGGACCACCUACAUCCUCAUCCUCUUCUUCUCCUGGAUCCUCGUCCUCUCCGUCUUCGGCUGCGCCCCCGGCACGGCGUGGACGCUCGUCAACCUCGGCCACUUCGCGAUCACAUACCACUUUUUCCACUGGAAGAAGGGGACUCCGUUUGCUGAUGAUCAAGGGAUGUAUAACACAUUGACAUGGUGGGAACAAAUGGACAAUGGCAAACAGCUUACUCGCAACAGAAAGUUUUUGACUGCGGUUCCUGUUGUUCUGUACUUGAUAGCUUCCCACACCACGGACUAUCAACAUCCUAUGCUCUUCCUCAACACCCUAGCAGUCACUGUGCUGGUUGUUGCCAAGCUACCAAACAUGCACAAGGUUCGGAUUUUUGGGAUCAAUGCGGGCAGCUAAGGAGCAGCGUCUCACGGUAGACACCUAUACAUGUCAUGUUUGAUUUGGAUUACGGGAUGUGUUGAGCCUAGUUCUGAAUUGAAUCACCGGAGUACCAGUGAGUAGGCUUGAGAGCUGUUCGUAGAUGACAUGUAAUCAUUGUACAGAGAAAUGCUAAGAAGGCUGGAACGAUGAUUGUUUCUGCAACUAGUGAACAAAAAAGGUUCUGUAGACUCGUAAUCUCGCUAUACGUUCUCUAGAAAGAAUUUGGCAAUUGAUACAUGUACAGUUUUGCUC